AUGGCGAGGGUCGAGUGGAUACAAGGAUUAGGGCAGCGCGAACCGAAUCUCGAGCCCUCGACUGCCGGUCAACCUCAGUUCUCAUGGUACGACAUUGACUCUAGUCCCGAUCUCCAAUACCAUCAAUGUUACGACGAUUACUAUUGUGCCAAACUCCAGGUGCCAAUGGAUUGGUGGCGGAACUCUACACAGCCAGGAAACAACAUCUCACUAGCCAUAAUAAAACUCCCAGCAAAAGUCCCAGUAACGGAUCCGCGCUAUGGAGGUGCCGUCCUGACAAACCCCGGUGGCCCUGGUGGAAGUGGAGUAGCUCAAAUGCUGCGUAGUGGUCGAGCAACACAAAUCAUCGUCGAUGCAGACAAACACCCCAACGAUACUCUAAACUCCGAGACAGCAAAAUACCACGAUAUUAUCAGUUUCGACCCUAGAGGUGUUGGGUAUACAACACCUGCAAUUCAUUGUUUUCCUGAUAGCUUGGCACGUUCGAGCUGGAUGCUGCAGAAUGAAGCUCUGGGACUACUGGGUAGUUCGGAAGAUUCGUUUUAUCGGAAUUGGUAUAGAUCGAGGGCACUGGCUGAGGGCUGUUCGGCUGCUACUGGGACUACUGAUGAUGGCUCUGAAGCUAUUGGCGAGCAUGUUAAUACCUCGCCUGUUGCUCGCGAUAUGCUCGAGAUUAUUGAGCGGCAUGCAGAAUGGCUAGCCAAACAAGCUCAUCCCACGAGGAGAAGCGACAGUCUUCGUGGGCAAAACAAACAUGAAGUCGUCCGACGACUUCGAUAUACCAGAGGCGAACCAAAGCUCAAAUACUGGGGAAACAGCUAUGGUACCAUCCUUGGACAAACCUUUGCCUCGAUGUUCCCAACACGCGUCGACAGAAUCGUCCUCGAUGGCGUCUGCAAUGCUCAUGAUUACUUCUUUGGUUCCUGGUUCAGCAAUCUCUCCGACGCAGAUGCCAUUCUAGAACGCUUCUUUGCCUAUUGUCAUGCUGCAGGCCCCAAAGCCUGUAGUUUCUACUCUACGACUCCCGCAGAGAUAAGAAAAAACUACGAGAAUCUGUUGACAGCAAUUUUCGAGAAACCAAUAGUGGUGCCAAGUUCGAAGACCAGAGGACCAGAUGUAAUCACCUGGUCAGACGUAAAAAGCAUGGUUCGACUAGGCAUGUACCAACCGAUCAUCUACUCGCCCAUGGUCUCCGACCUCCUCACCUCCAUAUCCACUGGCAACGGCACCCUCUUCGCCGACUUCAAAGCCAUGUCGAACACCUUCACCUGCCCGAGCUCCGACUGCGCCUCCGCCGGCCCUUUCAGCGAUGAAUGCGACCAAGACUCCAAUAUGCCAGAUGCCACACUGGCAAUCCUAUGUACCGAUGGACCUGGCCUCGGUGAUAUCGAUGAAACCAGUUUCCAAGAGUAUUGGCAUGCGUUGCAGCAGCAAAGUGAGGUAUUGGGGGAUUGGUGGGCGCAUACGAGGUUAGGGUGUGUAGGGUGGAAAACAAAAGCGAAGAAUAGGUUCGAAGGACCUUUUGCUGGAAGCUUGUCCCAUCCGGCUUUGUUUGUAUCGACGACGUUGGAUCCUGUUACUCCUUUGGCUAAUGCAAGGGAAAUGGCAAAGAACUUUCCUGGUUCAGUGGUUUUGCAGCAAGAAUCAGAAGGCCACACAUCCUGGUCAUCACCAUCCCUCUGCACAGCAAAAGUCGUGCGAGAAUACUUCCAAACCGGUCUUUUACCACCUCCAAACACGACUUGUUCAUCUGACCAAACCCCAUUCUCCACCUCUCAAUCCCUCAAAACAUCAAACACACAAGACAAAGCUUUGUUAGAAGCUAUACAAGUUCUAGGAAGCAAUGUUUUGGAUAUCGGGUUUAGAAGAACAAUAGGUGGAUUCUAG